AUGUUUAAGUUCGAAAAUAUUAUUGAAUCAUUGGUUGAAAAAGUAUAUCUAUUCAAAUAUUUAAGAAAAUUUAAAAGAGUAAAUCUGUCAAUAAUGAUAAGGAUUUAUAAAAAGAAGAAUUAACUAUACAGAUUAUUUGCUUCAUAGAAAAGAUUAUUGAAAAUACUAUUUAAAUGUACAUACGUCCAAUUGAAGAGUAAUUGAGAUCUUAAGAAACCUAGAUUCUCUAGCUCUAAAGUCAAUUAAUCUCUUUUCAUCAUCUAUUUUCACCUAAGAAUAAAGAGAUUAUUAAAAUUGAAAAAUAAGAAUCUCCAAUCAAAUCAAAUGAAAUUUAAAGUACUAUAUUAUAGCUUAAUUUUAAGUUCAAAUUGUAGAAUUAGAAACAAAAGUAUAAUCAAUUACAAAGCAACAAGAGAUUUACAAUGAUUAAUUAAUUGAAUUUAAAUAAGAAAAUAAAAGUAAAACAAUUUUUAAAUAUUAUAAAGAAAGCUUUUAUUCUUAUUGGGUAUUGUUGAAUGAUUUAAACGAAAAUGUAAAUAAGAUUAAAGAUUUUCUAAUAACCUUUGAUUAAGAAGAAUUAAAUUAAAGUCAUAAAAGUAGUAAUAAUAAAUUAUCAAGAAAUAACACCAAAAAAGAUUAUUGA